AUGCCCAGGAACCUUUUCAGGGUCGACUCUGAGCCCGUCAGCGGAAUAAAACAAGAGGAACCAGAAACCUGGGGAAUAAAACACGAGGAACAAGGAGAGUUUAUUAAAAAAAGUGAGGAGAAUGAAGAAUUAAAUGAAGUUCAAGAGGAAAAUCAUGUCAAAACUGGAGCAAAACAUUUGAGUUGCUCUCAAACCAAACAGAAAGAUUUAAAGAAAAGAGGAGCCAAAACAUCUUUCACCUGCACUCAGUGUGGAAAGAGUUUGACAUGCAAAUAUAAUCUUGAUGUUCACUUGAGAGUUCAUACUGGAGAGAAACCAUUCACUUGUGAUCAGUGCAACAAGAGAUUCAGUCGGUCAGGAGACCUGAAGAAACACAAGUUAAUACACACUGGAGAAAAACCACACACAUGUGAUCAGUGUGGGAAGAGUUUUACACAAAAUGGAAGCCUUAAGGCACAUAUGAGAGUUCAUACAGGAGAGAAACGUUUCUUCUGUAUUCAAUGUGGAAAGGGUUUUUCACACUCAACACAUCUUAAGGUACACAUGAACAUUCACACUGGAGAGAAACCUUUCAAGUGUUCACACUGUGACAAGAGAUUAAGUCGGUCAGGAAACCUGAAGAAACACAUGUUAAUCCACACCGGAGAAAAACCACACACAUGUGAUCAGUGUGGGAAGAGUUUCAGACUAAAAGGAAUCCUUACAGCACAUAUGAGAGUUCAUACAGGAGGGAAACGUUUCUUCUGUAAUCAAUGUGAAAAGAGUUUUUCACUCUUAGCAAACCUUAAUGUACACAUGAAGAUCCACACUGGAGAGAAACCUUUUAAGUGUUCACACUGUGACAAGAGAUUCAAUCGGUCAGGACACCUGAAAAUACACGAGAGGAUCCACACUGGAGAGAAACCGUACACAUGUGGUCAGUGCGGGAAGAGUUUUGCAGGAAAAGGAAGUCUUAUGGCACAUAUGAGAGUUCAUACAGGAGAGAAACUGUACACAUGUGAUAUUUGUGGAAAGAGUUUGAAAUGCAAAUCUAGCCUUGAUGGUCACAUGAGAGUUCAUACUGGAGAGAAACCAUAUACUUGUGAUCAGUGCGGGAAGAGUUUCUCACAAUCAGUACAUUUUAAAGAACACAUGAGCAUCCACACUGGAGAAAAACCUUAUAAGUGUUCACAAUGUGACAAGAGAUUCAGUCGGUCAGGAGACCUGAAAAGACAUGAGAGGAUCCACACUGGAGAGAAACCGUAUCACUGCACUGAAUGUGGGAAGUGUUUCAGUCAGUCAUCUUCUCUACACAGUCAUACAAAAAACAUUCACACAGUAAGUAGAUCAUCUUCAGAUCCAGCACUUUCAGAUCUGAUGCUGCCUUUUCAUCAAACUGGUUUUAAGCAAGCAGGGAUAUCAUCUGAAAUGAGAUCUGCUGCUGUGAAGAUGUUUGUUAAAGAAGAGAGUGAAGAGAACUCGAGAGAACCAGAAACCUGUACAAUAAAACACGAGGAAACCGAAACCUGGAGAAUUAAACACAAUGAGCCAGAAACCUGGAGAAUAAAACACGAGGAACCUGAAAUCUACAGAGUAAAACAAGAAGAACCAGAAAGAUGGAGAAUAAAACACGAGCAUCAAGGAGAGUUGAUUAAAAAAUACAAGGAGAAUGAAGAAUCAAGUGAAGUUGAGGAGACCAAUCAUGUCAAACCUGGAGAAAAACCUAUGAGUUGCUCUCAAACCAAACAGAAUGAUCUACAGAAAACUGGAGUCAAUAAAUAUUUCCCCUGCACUCAGUGUGGAAAGAUUUUUAUACGCAAAUAUGGUCUUGAUGUUCACAUUAGAGUUCACACUGGAGAGAGACCAUUCCCAUGUGAAUAUUGUGGAAAGACAUUCACACAAAUAUCACACCUUUAUGUACACAUGAACAUCCACACUAAAGAGAAACUGUACUCAUGUGAUCAGUGCGGGCAAACGUUUUUGAGGGCUUCAGUCCUAAAGCAGCACCUGAGAGUUCAUACAAAGGAGAAGCCAUAUUCAUGUAAUUUGUGUGGAAAGAGUUUUUCAUGUCUACAACAUUUGAAAGUACAUCAGAAAGUACAUGUUGUUGAAAGAGAUUACAUAUGCUGUGAGUGUGGGAAGACUUUUACUACAGUAAGCUGUUUAAAACGGCACCAGAGGAUUCACACUGCAGAAAAACCUUACAAAUGUUCACACUGUGACAAGAGAUUCAAUCAGUCUUCAUACCUGAAAACACAUGAGAGGAUCCACACUGGAGAGAAACCAUACAAGUGUUCACACUGUGACAAGAGAUUCUGUCAGUCAGCAAAUCUGAAAACACACCAGAGGAUUCACACUGGAGAAAAACCUUACAAGUGUUUACACUGUGACAAGAGAUUCUGCAAUUCAGGAGUCCUGAAGACACAUAAAAGGAUCCACACUGGAGAGAGACCAUAUCCGUGCACUGCAUGUGGGAAGUGUUUCAAAAAUGUAUCUAAUCUAAACAGUCAUACAAAAACCAUUCACAGCAAGUAGAUCAUCUUCAGAUCCAGCACUUUCAGGCAGUGGUGGACUGGUCAUCUGAGUUGGGUCAACCCGGCCCUUUGCGUGAAUAUAUAGAGUGAAUUAUGGAGACAAUACAACAAGACUUGCUGUUUGUAUUGUAUUACUGUUUACGAUAACAUAACAUUUUUAAAUGACAGACAUUAAUUUUUAGGGAUACAAACUAAAAUUUUUAAUUUUUCUAAUUUCUUAAUGCUAUUAAUUAGGGCUGCAUGAUAAAUCGAAAAUGAAAUCGAAAUCGCAGUUAGACACGAGCUGCGAUUUUCAUGCGAAUCUUUCUGUGAAGCAUGGUUUUGUAAUCAGAAGUAAAUCUCCAUCCAAAGGCUAGAGAACUCCAAAUAUGCCCCGCAGAAGAAACCCAUGAAAUGCCAGCGGUAACUGGAUAAACGGAAGAUUUAACUGCUUUUAUUGAAUCAAUGGGAAUAAUAAACACGGUACUAUGACAAUAUGAUUUAUCCCAGUUCCUAUUAUUACAAUUUUUCAUUAUUAACUUGUCAGUGAACUACGGCUUUGUGUUGUAUAUGCUGCUCUACCUGAAAGUAUAAGUAUGUAUAUAUAUAUAUAUAUAUAUAUAAUUCUCAAACUUACUCUGUCUAGAGCAUUGUAAAUGUUAAGACUUUUGCUUUCAGGUGCCUUGAUUAGGAAAGUAGAAUAUCCCUUUAACUGUCAUCCCAUCCUGUAUACGGGACACCUACCUUUACUUUACAUUUAAAUCUAAUCUUGACAAACUAUAUGUCGUUGGAAAGGUCUAAGACUCCCAAAUAUAUAUUUUACCAAUGUUUUUUUGAUAAAAAUUACAUAGGAAAAGUAAUAGAUUAAUUUAUGACUAUAAAUAAUCUCUAUUAUGAUAUAAAUCACUCUAAUAUGCUGAUUUGCACAACUAUUUUCAACAUUUAAAAUAAUUUUGAUCUGAGUAAGUGGGCCGCUCUGUGCCAUAAAGUCCAGGGCCACUUUGUAGCCCCAGUCCACCCCUACUUUCAGGUCUGAUUCUGCAUUAUCACCAAAUGAGACACAAUAAUGCAUCAAGCAAUAAAAUAUCAUCUGGAUAAAUCUAACAGACUGUGAUUCAGAUAAACUCAGAGAUGGAGUACAAUGUCAGAAAGUUUUAUUAUUAUUAUUAUUUUUUUUUGAGUUUCAUAUCAUGUUCAAUUGUCUUAUAAUGCAUAUGUUUCACUUGUUAUUUGCUUGCUCUGUCAUGAAGGAAAAUGGAAGUUUUUAUAGACUGUUCUUGUUCAGGAAGCUGAAGAAGAGGCUAACGCUUCUCAAGGCCUGAGAUUUUAAUUUUUUCUUUAUUGUUGACUAGAGUUAUUCUUCCACUUAAGAUGUAUUUGGGAAAUGCAGAUGCAAUAUAAAGUGUCAUGUAGCUUUGUAAUUGAUCAUUCUUUGCUUCUCUUGGUAGUAGGAAUUAAUACCUGAACCCAGUAUUAAUCGAGCCCUGGGGCUAAAUUAUGAAAGUUUGCAGUAUCAAUAAGCUCUAAUGUUAACUGUCAUUUCUGUACAUUCUUACAAUGCAAACUUUCUGCAUGUAAAAGGUUAUUUGAUUAAUGUUGUGUAUUCUCCUUGCAUCUUAAGUAUCAUUCAUUAGAGUAGCAAACACCAGAUGAAUGGAUUUAAGGACAAAUCUUCAUUUCCAAGAUGAUGCAAAAAAAGACCAUAAAUAUUGGAGAUCUGUCAGGAUUAGGGACCUGUCUGUGUGAUUUGCUCUCUGUGACACAAUUUCACCCUUAUGUUGAUUGUUAAUUUGAUUCCGGGUGUGUCUCCUUAGUCCUUGGUUAUCCUAUGUUUAAAAGCCCCAGUCCAUUCAAUUCGUGUUUGUCAGGUCUAUUCAUUGUUUUUAUUAUGGAUUUAUUCCCUGUUUCCUAGGUUAAAGACUACUGUUUGUA